UCUCUUCCUCGCUUCUCCCAUACAGAGAAGCUCAAACUCUGCUUUUUCCUCUUUCGCUAUUUCGCAUUUUCUCAUAUCAGAUUAGCCAUUUCUCUGCCUCCCAAAUCCUCAGCAACCCUCUAUCGUUGAUCCCAAGUCAUGGAGGUUAAGCCCAUGAAUGAAAUCGACGAUAUCAUUCGGAAUCCGGGCUUCCUGCCCCCGCCCGUAACCGUGAAGCGCACAGUUACCAGCACCGGCGCUCGGAUUACGACCCAGAUCAAGGCAGACGACUCCGAGGACUCUGAGGAAGCGAAACCGCUUAUUGGGUGCGAGCCCGAGAGCGGAGUGAAUGCUCUUGUGAGUGAAAAUGUGCGCUCAGAUUGUCAAAACGGCUCAGUGAAAGAAGAGGUCAAUGUUAAGAUGUCGCUUGGCGAAUCUCUUAAGGAGAUGAAUACGAAUGUGAUGUCUGAGGAGGAGUGUCUGCGAACCCAGAUUAACGAAGAGCAGCCUAAGGAACCAGAAGUGGUCAGAGUCAAGGAGGAGCCUGACGGGCGCUCGGAUUGUCCAGACGGCUUGGUAAAAGAAGAGGUUAAGGCCUCGACGAGAAUGUCGUUUGACGAGUUUCUUAAGGUGACGAAAACGAAGGUGAUGUCUGAGGAGGAGUGUCUGAGAACACAAAUUAACGAAGAGCAGCCUAAGAAACCAGAAGUGGUGAGAGUCAAGGAGGAGCCUGAUGGGCACUCAGAUUGUCCAGACGGCUUGGUAAAAGACGAGGUUAAGGCCUCGACGAGAAUGUCGUUUGAUGAGUUUCUUAAGGUGACGAAUACGAAGGUGAUGUCUGAGGAGGAGUGUCUGAGAACCCAGAUUAAAGAAGAGCAGCCUAGGGAGGUGCUCAGAGUCAAGCAGGAGCCUAAUGGGGUUGAGGACAAGCGUCUCGUGAGGGAAAAUGUGCGCACAGAUUGUCCAGACGGCUGGGUAAAAUACGAGGUUAAUGCCUCGAAGAGAAUGUCGUUUGACGAGUUUCUUAAGGCAACAGAUACAAAGGCGAUAUCCGGGGAGGAGUUGCUGACAACCCCGGUCAACGUAGAGCGGCCUAAGGAACCAGAAGCAAUUAAAGUCAAGGAAGAACCUGAUGUGGGUUUUGAGGGUAAUCGGCCAUCGGUACCCGAAAAGUUGGUCAGCGGCAUGUCCUCUCAAGAGGGGCUUUUGUUAGCGCGUUACACUAAGUCUGAUGGUGAAUCUGCCAUUUCACACGAGAAAAAGUUGGAGCCUAAAGAUUCAGAGAAAGCCGAGUCGCCUAAUGGGUCUAGGCCUAAUGUUAGAGUGAAAGAGGAACCUGCUUUGGGGGCUGAGAAGAAGGUAUGUGUGAAAGAACAGUCGGUUGGUUCUAACUUUUCUUCCGUGAAGAAAGAAAUAAACGAAGAUCGAAGGAUUAGUUCAGGCUUGGUCCAGGAUGGGGAUUUUCCGGAGGAGCCAGAUUGGUUUCUGGUGGGAAGGACGAUUGUCACUGCACUUUCGACCACAAAAGGAAGGAAAUUGGCUGACAAUGAGAUUGUUGAUUUCACAUUUCCCUCCCCACAUUGGAGACAUAAUGCUCAGUGGAUUGUUCGCUUUUCUACCAAACGGUUCGGAGAGAUUGGUCGGCUUCCAAUGGAGUGGGCAAAAUGUGUUAUUCCGCUUGUAAAUGGUUCUAAGGUUAAAAUUCUUGGACGAUGUGUAGCUGCACCAUCAAACCUUUCCAUGAUGCAAGAAAUCCUGUUGUAUGUAAGCUUUUAUAUUCAUCGUUCAAUAUUCACGGAGUGUGACAAGUCUUCGUGGAGGCUAGACGCUUCCUAUAGCAUUGAUUCUACACUUUAUCCUCUUCUCACUCUGUUCGAAUUGCUGAAAAUUAAUCCAUAUCAGAAGGCUGAGUUUACCCCUGAGGACCUUCAUUCUCGGAAACGUGUGCUAAAUCUAGAAGGUGAUUCAGAAGAAGCUGCAUCGACCUUGCCUAUUCUGAAGCGAAGAAAGGGUUGUCAACAGUAUACAGAACAAACCAAUGAUGAACAAGCUGUCACGGAGUCAUCUCUGAAUAAACUUGUGGGGGCAGUAGAAGUGUAUAACUUGGAGGAGAUGGAACCCCCAUAUACACUCAUGUGUGAGCUUAGGCCGUACCAGAAACAAGCACUAUACUGGAUGUCAGAAUUAGAAAAGGGAAUUGAUGUUGAGAAAGCAGCAAAAACUCUUCAUCCAUGCUGGGCAGCAUAUCGUAUAUGCGAUCGGCGGGCUUCCUCUAUUUAUGUCAACAAUUUCUCAGGGGAAGCAACUACUAAAUUUCCAACUGCAACACAGAUGGCAAGAGGAGGAAUAUUAGCAGAUGCAAUGGGGCUUGGAAAGACUGUAAUGACAAUCGGUCUAAUACUUGCAAGACCAGGAAGAGGAUGCCCUGCUAAUGGCACUAAAGUUGCAGAUACUACUGAAAUUACGAAGAAGACAAAGAAAGAUUGUCAUAUGAACACCUCAUUGAAAGGAAAUGGUGGCACUCUUAUUGUUUGUCCCAUGGCAUUGUUAGGGCAAUGGAAGGAUGAGCUUGAAACCCACUCGAAGCCAGAAACUUUAUCAAUUUUUGUUCACUAUGGUGGGGGCAGAACAAAUGACCCAAAGGUCAUGGCAGAAUACGACGUGGUCUUGACAACAUAUGGAGUACUAUCUGCCGCUUAUAAAAAUGAUGCAGAGAACAGCGUCUUCCACAGGGUCAGUUGGUAUAGGGUGGUUCUAGAUGAAGCUCAUACCAUAAAAUCUUGGAAGACUCAAGGUGCUCAGGCUGCCUUUACAUUGUCGUCACACUGCAGGUGGUGUCUAACGGGAACCCCUCUUCAGAAUAAUUUGGAAGACCUCUACAGCCUUAUAUGCUUCUUACAUGUUGAACCAUGGUGCAAUUGGGCUUGGUGGAACAAAUUGAUUCAAAGGCCUUAUGAGAAUGGUGAUCUAAGAGGGCUGAGACUGGUCAAAGCUAUAUUGAGGCCAUUGAUGCUGAGAAGGACAAAGGAAACAAAGGAUAAAGAAGGAAGGCCAAUUCUCGUUCUACCUCCAACUGACAUUCAAAUCAUUGAGUGUGAACAGUCAGAAGCCGAACAUGACUUUUAUGAUGCGCUUUUUAAGAGAUCUAAAGUCCAAUUUGACCAGUUUGUUGCACAAGGCAAGGUUCUUCACAACUUUGCAUCAAUCCUUGAGCUACUGCUUCGAUUGAGGCAAUGCUGCAACCACCCGUAUCUUGUUAUGAGUCGUGCUGGUUCCCAAAAGUAUGCAGACCUGAACAAGCUUGCAAGAAGGUUCCUCGAAAUCAAUCCUGAUUCUUCCACUACAAAGCAGAUUGGCCCAACCCAUGCAUACAUUGAAGAGGUUGUUGACGGUAUCCGGAAGGGCGAAAACACAGAGUGCCCCAUAUGCAUGGAGUAUGCUGACGACCCUGUUCUCACUCCAUGCGCGCAUAGGAUGUGUAGAGAGUGUCUCCUCUCAAGCUGGCGGACCCCAACAACUGGGCUAUGCCCAAUUUGCCGGCAAUUACUCAAAAAGACCGACCUCAUAACAUGCCCAACAGAAAACCAGUUCUGGGUUGAUGUUGACACGAACUGGAAGGAGUCUUCGAAGGUUUCAAAACUCUUUGACUGCUUGGAACGUAUUCGCCGGUCAGGUUCUGGUGAAAAGAGCAUUGUUUUCAGCCAGUGGACUUCGUUUUUUGAUCUCCUUGAGAUCCCCUUGAAGAGGAGAGGUAUCGGCUUCUUAAGGUUUGAUGGAAAGCUUGCGCAGAAGCAGAGGGAGUGUGUCCUGAAGGAGUUUAGCGAGACCAAGGAGAAAAUGGUAUUGCUGAUGUCUUUGAAAGCUGGUGGUGUUGGCUUGAAUCUAACUGCAGCCUCUAAUGUCUUCUUAAUGGAUCCAUGGUGGAAUCCUGCCGUUGAAGAGCAAGCAAUCAUGCGAAUUCAUCGUAUUGGGCAAAAGCGAACGGUGCGUGUCAGAAGAUUCAUUGUUAAGGACACGGUGGAGGAAAGAAUGCAACAAGUCCAGGCACGUAAGCAGCACAUGAUUUCUGGGGCCCUCACCGAUCAGGAGGUUCGGACGGCUAGGAUUGAGGAGCUCAAAAUGCUUUUCCGAUGAAAUUGCAUGAUUAAAUUUAUUUUGACGAGAGGGGCAUGCAUGCUUUGGAGGGUUUUUUUGUAUGGGUCCGAAGAUGCCCAAUUUUGUAAAUUCUGGCAUUGUGAAUGGUAAUUUGGUGCUCUCCGUCGACAAUGAUUGCCAUGUAGAGCACAAUAGAGAGAAUAUACCGGGGGGUAGCCACAGGAAAAGUUGAAAAUAUAUGAAUAUACUGAAAAUGACGCUUCUAUCCU